AUGGCAUUUGCACCUCCUAGAAACAUGGAUGGCCCCAAGCUACAGACCAAGAUGAGCACAUGGACUCCACUGAACCAUCAACUCAUGAAUGACAAGGCAAUAUUUGAAGAAAGAAGAGCCCUGCUUGGAAAAUGGUUUGACAAGUGGACAGAUGGUCAGAGGCGGAGGAUUCUGGUGGACCUAUUGGAACGCUGCUCCCUGUCACAGCAGAAAUUCUGUGCCAAGCAGCUACAGGAUCGAGUCCCCACCGAGGCUCUAGAUUUUACCACAAAGCUUCCUAGAGUCCUGUCCUUAUACAUCUUUUCCUUCCUGGACCCACGAAGCCUCUGUCGCUGUGCACAGGUGAGCUGGUACUGGAAGUACCUCUCUGAACUGGAUCAGCUCUGGAUGCUGAAAUGCCUGCGUUUUGGCUGGUACAUCAACUUCUCUCCAACCCCGUUUGAGCAAGGAAUCUGGAAGAAACAUUACAUUGAGAUGGUGAAAGAGCUGCAUGUCACGAGACCAAAGACUCCUGCAAAGGAUGAGUUUGUAAUUAUUGAUGUGCAGCCUGUAAGAAGCAACUUCCCGGAGACAAAACUUGCUGUGCCGGGAAGGAGGACAAACAAGGAGAAGAAGGAGCUGCCACCAUGGCGUUCAUCAGACAGGCAUCCAACAGACACCAUCCGAUUCAACUACCUCGACAACUGCCAUCCCAUCGAGCAGGCCAGGCAGGCGAGAAAGAAAGGAGGAGGGGAGACCCCAGACCUUAGUCGGCAGGCAGCUGAGAAAAAAAAGGGAGCAGGUCGUGGAUCUAAUAAGUUCCAGAAGGCAAAAUCACUGGCAAGUAUCACCGGCCUGUAAUUAUAUCAACUAGGGCCCAGUGUCAUGAACACCCAGGAACAUUUUCGUUCAGAGCUUUUACUUAACCUGUCACUUUCUGCAGAUCUUGAGUCAGUUCCAAAAACAUCAGUUCGUCCCAGCUGGGCCACUCACCAGUCAACCGGGAACCUGCCCUCCAAAGCAGCAGCAAAGACCCUGGCCCAGAAUUCCCAGUGGAACGCCGGGAUACGGCCAGCACCUGUUCGAGCUCCAGUGCCAAAGCCACGUGAAAGAGAAAAGAAAGACUUCACACAGAUGAACACCAGGUCUCCAUCAUCUCCACUGUUUGAGGCUCAACCUUGGCACAUUCCUCCAUCUAACCAAGGAUCUGACACAGAGUAAAGGAGGAUCUAGAGGAUCUUCAAUCCCAGCAGAACAGAAGAAGUUCAUCUGCCUGGCAAGGUGGAAAUAACAGCAAAGUUAACUGAGUCACAGGCUGUGCUCAGUGAAGAACAGCUGCUUUUGAGUCCUUCAUAAGGACCCAACUUAAUUUUUUUCAACUAGAAAAGACUUUCUUCAUUGUCCUCGCCACACAAUGCAAAGAAAUAGGCAUGGAGGUCCUGCAACUAUUCUGACUUAGGCUGGCCAAAAGAAAUUGUA